UAUAAGUCAUAACAUUCAAGAUGGCAGAUUCACUGGGCGAGUCGAUUCUACAACGUGUCGAGAAAGAUGGCAAGAUUUCCACGGAUGUGUUGGCCAAGUUGUUGGAGAGAGAUCACCAGCAGAUUGUUGGGACUGUCAAGAGUUUGCAGGCGUUAGGAAAUGUUAUAGAAACGAAACAACAGACCAAUAAAUAUUGGGAGUUGACCCCGGAGGGUACACAAAUGGUGGAAAGCGGAAGCUACGAGGCACUUGUCUAUGAAGCAGUACCACCAGAGGGCGGUAUACUCCAGGCUGAACUUAUGAAAAAGAUCCCCAAUGCCAAGAUUGGUUUCAGCAAAGGUAUGUCGGCAGGAUGGUUGGAAGUCAACAAAACCGCAGAAGGAGGUCCAAGGAUCAUGAGAAAGGCUUCUAGCAUUGUGGAUAAGGUUCAAGAGCAACUCAAGAAAGUUCAUAAAGGUGACAUCGAGUCGCUGACGGACAAAGAGAGGUCAGAACUGAAGAAGAGAAAACUUGUCCAGGAAGUGACUGUUAACACUUUCCUUGUGAUGAAGGGGAGUGAGUUCAGCACGUCUGUCAACAAACUGGAAACAGAUCUCACCCCAGAGAUGCUUGCCAGUGGAACGUGGAAGGACCGCAAGUUCAAAGACUACAACUUUGACGCCCUUGGCGUUAUGCCAGCCAGUGGUCAUCUGCAUCCACUACUUAAAGUCCGAGCUCAGUUCAGACAGAUCUUCUUAGAAAUGGGUUUUUCAGAAAUGCCAACCAAUAAUUACAUAGAGAGUUCCUUCUGGAAUUUCGACGCUCUGUUCCAACCUCAGCAGCAUCCUGCCAGGGACAUCCAAGACACCUUCUUCAUCAAAGAUCCGGAGUUUGCUCACGAAUUUCCCAUGGAUUACUUAGAAAGGGUCAAGAAAGUACACUCAGUGGGUGGCUACGGAUCACAGGGGCACAAAGUUGAAUGGAGGAUUGAGGAGGCAAAAAAGAACAUCUUAAGAACACACACAACGGCUGUCAGUGCAAGAAUGCUCUACAAGCUAGCCCAGCAGGAAAAAUUUACACCGGUGAAAUAUUUCUCUAUCGAUCGAGUGUUCCGCAAUGAGACGCUUGACGCCACUCAUCUAGCCGAGUUUCACCAGAUAGAGGGCCUCGUAGCGGACUACAAUCUCACCCUAGCCGACCUGAUUGGAAUCCUUCAUGCCUUCUUCAAAAAACUUGGUAUUGAGAAACUCCGUUUCAAGCCAGCUUACAACCCCUACACUGAGCCCAGUAUGGAGGUAUUCAGCUAUCACGAAGGGCUAAAGAAAUGGGUAGAGAUUGGCAACUCUGGGGUCUUCCGCCCGGAGAUGCUUCUACCGAUGGGUCUACCAGAGGAUGUGGUGGUCAUAGCUUGGGGUCUGUCUCUAGAAAGACCAACGAUGAUCAAGUAUGGCAUUGACAACAUUCGUGAACUCUUCGGUCCCCGGGUCAACCUUCAGAUGGUCUACGACAAUCCUAUAUGUCGACUAGAUAAAUGAACAUCACACUGCAAUUAUUCCAGUAGACAUUUUAAUGAUCAGGGUUUAUAGGGACGGACCUUUAUCAUGGGGUAUUCAUCUUGUAUUACUCCUUAUUAAAGAGACACAUUGAAACCAUUGGUUAUAAAGGCAUAUGAUGUUAAAGUUGUUUUAAAAGUAGAAUAUAAUGAUCCACACAAACAUGCCUCGUAAUUGCACGGUUUUCCUUUUAGGGUGUGAGCUAACACGACCAGCUAUUUUACACAAAUUGGCGUGCCAUCUUUGUUCACAAUGUGUAAGGAAAACCGUGCAAUUUCGAGGCCAAUUUUGUGUGGAUUGUUAUAUCUACUUUUAAAACAUCUCAUAACCAUG